AUGAAGGCAUCGUGGAUUCUUCCCGCCGUCGUGGUCGUCUCGGCCGCUUACACGACCAACCCCCCCAAGACCCCCUCCGUCACCGUCAACGGCACCACCUUUGAGGGCCUCGUCCGCAACGGCGUCGACGCCUUCCUGGGCAUCCGCUUCGGGCAGGACACGGGCGGCGCGGCGCGCUUCAAGGCGCCCGUGCCGUACGUCUACCCGUCGUCGCCCGCCGUCGUCGCCGCCACCGACGCCGGCCCCAUGUGCCCGCAGGUGCGCAUCGACGAGGGCGACCCGUGCUCCGAGGACUGCCUGCGCCUCAACGUCGUGCGGCCUCGGGGCACCCAGCCCGGCGCCAAGCACACCGUCAUGGUCUGGAUCUACGGCGGCUCGCUGUGGGUGGGCAGCAAGGACGACAUCUUUUACCAGCCCGACGGCGCGGUGCUCGAGUCGGUUCGGGCGGGGGAGCCGAUUGUCCACGUCGCCAUCAACUAUCGUCUUGGCGCCUUUGGAUUUGCCCAGGACAAGGUGCUCGACGCCGAGGGCUCGACCAACGCGGGCCUCCGCGACCAGCGCCUCGGCCUCGAAUGGGUGCGCGACAACAUUGCCCGGUUCGGCGGCGACCCGUCCCGCGUCACCAUCUACGGCCAGUCGUCCGGCGGCCUGUCGGUCGGCCUGCAGCUGCUCGCCCACGGCGGCGAGUCUACCAAGCCCGCGCCCUUUGAGCGCGGCAUCAUGCAGAGCGAGUCGGCCAUGGAGAUUGGCCUCUCCAAGGGCGACUACACGCGCGCCGCCAUGCAGCGCCUCGCCGAGCACACCCACUGCACCGCCGACACGGUGGCCUGCCUGCGUAAGCUGUCGAUGAAGGACCUGCUCAACGCCACCGUCGAGACGUACCUCGACGGGCCCGCCAACAACAUCGGUGACAUCUGGCUGCCGCAGGUCGACGGCGAUUUCCUCCCCGACGAGCCCAUGAAGCUCAUCCGCGAGGGCCGCUUCCACAAGCGCGACGCCAUGUUUGGCUGGACCGAGGAGGACCUCGACGUCGCCGUCCCCGACGACGUCGCCACCGCCGACGACACCCGCCGCGCCAUCACCGGCCUGCUGCCGUUUGUCUCCCAGGCCACCGUCGACGGCCUGCUGGCCCUCUACCCCGUCUCCGAAUUCGUCACCUCGGACCCCGACGCCGCGCCCGCGGAGUUUUACCGCGCCGGCCGCGUCAUCACCGACCUCAUCAUGGUCUGCCCCGCCGCGUUCUUCAGCCGGUACCUCUCCGCCGCGUCGCCGGAUACCAGCAACUACAUGUACAUGUGGAACCAGACCACGCUGAGCCUGCCCGUCGUCCGCGUCGCGCACACCUCGGAGCUGCCGUAUGUGGUUGGCAACCUCUCCCACCCGGACAUUUUCGGCGGCAACGGCAAGGUCACGCCCGACGACGAGGCGCUCAUGGUGCGCGCGACGCGGGGCUGGACCGCGUUUGCGGCGACGGGCAAGCCGAGCGGUAUCCGGGGCGCGUUUGCCAAGUGGAAGGGGGCGUACGCGAAGAAGGACGGCAAGGACGCGCAGAUGUACGUCGUGGGCGGUCCUGGUGAGGGCAUGCUCGACUAUGCGUCGUAUGAGGACCGCCGCACGCGCUGCGGGUACAUUGAGGAGCACAUUAAAAUGGAUUAA